AGAGAAAUGGCUCCAGUCCACUCUUCCGUGGAGGCUCGCGACGUGCCUGUGGUCGCGUUUGAAGACCUAGUAGCCAAGAAGGACCUGUCUACCGUCAUCGAGGAGGCUUUCGGCUACGAAGGCAUGGGGAUUCUUGUUGUGAGCGGCGUCCCAGAGCUCAGCUCCAAGCGUAGUGACCUGCUUCCGCUUGCAUUCAAGUUUGCCAACUUCUCGGAUGACGUUAAGGCCAAAUGCGAGCUCCCUGGCGCUUUCUACAGCUUCGGCUGGAGCCACGGCAAAGAGAAUCUGCAGGGCAAGCCAGACUACGCCAAAGGGUCUUACUACAACAACCCAGAGACCAACGAUCUAACUGGAGGAGACAAGCAACUCAUUGCCAAGUUCCCGUCCUUCUACCAUCCCAAUAUUUGGCCAAACGAGCUGCCAGAGCUGGAAAAGGCAUUUAUGAAACUGGGUCAAUUGAUUGUGGACACAGGAAUGUUGGUAGCGCACCAAUGUGAUAAUCUGGUGGAGAAAAAGUGUCCUGGAUACGAGAAGGGCAAACUGCAUCGCAUCAUUAGCACAGGCAAGUGCUCCAAGGCCAGGUUGUUGCACUAUUAUUCGCUGUCGGAGGAGCAGAUUGCCGCUCAGAAAGAGGCCACGACGCUCGAGGAUUCCUUCGCGUGGUGUGGAUGGCACAACGACCACGGAGCGCUAACGGGACUGGUGCAAGCUAUGUUUACGGACUGUAAUGGUGUUACGGUGCCAAACCCAGAUCCGAGUGCGGGUUUGUACGUGAAGACCCGUCAGGGCGAGAUCCUUAGGGCGGCUAUUCCUCCAGGACACUUAGUGUACCAGAUUGGUGAGACGUCACAGAUUCUGUCGGGUGGCACGUUGCAAGCCACGCCACAUGCUGUACGAGGACCUCAAGUCACGGGAGUGAACCGUGAGACGUUGGCUGUGUUCAUGCAACCUUUGCCUCAAGAGCGGAUGGCUGUGCCCGACUCCAAAGACCCCAACGAAGCUGGAAAGACCGAGAACUUGCCCAAGGGUGUACCUCCGCUCCUCUCUCGCUGGAACAACGACAUGAGCUACGACGACUUCACCCAGGCCACCUUUAAGGCCUAUUACUGACUUUGUUAGUUCCAUUUACUGUUAACCCAUGUACCCAAGUACUCGUGUUGAACUUGAUCAUAGCAGUGGAUACUGCAUCACGAGUGCUGUACGUGGCUCUAAGUGGCGAUAGUAGUCUUCGACACGGGCUUUUUCAAC